CUCAAACCCUCUGCAUUCGCAUCAGUGAAGGAGGCGAGAGCGGUGGCGCACGGAGAGACGGACGGGAGGGAAACUUCUAUCAGAUCAACAAGGACUUUCCUGUUUCUGCACAUUAUUCUGUCCAUCCCUUUCACAUUUUUGGGACUGUCUGUUUCCCCCCUAACACUCACCGGAUUUCACUUGUGACAGACUGAAUGAAAGGGAGCGCGAUAAGGAGAGAGACCCGGGCGGAUCAGCGGGGAGGAGAUUAGUCUGUACGCGGAGAGGAGAGCGAGUCACCGGGCAUCGGGCUGUGCGUCUUUGCGCUGUUGGGACCCGGGAGCGAACUGGACUGCGCUGUGGUACUCCCCCGACGUAAAAAAAAAAGGGGGGGGCGGGGGUUGGGUGGGGGAAAUAACUUGACUUGGUUUUGUGAGGCUGUGGAGAAGAUCAGGUGUCAUUUGAACAGAAUCGGAGGAAGCCUGUCGGAUCGUACUCUCUGCUCCACGCAUGUUGGAAGUGGAGAGAGGAGGGCUGGAUGCAUGCGGGGUUGCGAGUCCUCAAGACGCAGCCGAGGAUUACCCGCUGCCUUAUCGUUUGACGGAGUAAGAACGCAGAAAGGAGUGGGUCAGUUCUUCGUGUACAUCUUGCGCUUUGGCUUCUUUGGAGAGGAUAUGGCACGGUCGGCGCUGGAGAGAGGAGCGCAGCCGGCACAGGCGAGAGGAAACAGGAGCUGAAUGACAGGAUGCCAGCGACCUGAGCCCGCUCUCAGAUCAGUUCCAACUGCGCUAAAAAAGACACUUUUGUUUUAUUUGUCGAGUUAAGAGGAGGAGAGAAGAACACCUGCCUAAAAAAAAAAAAAUCUGCUGGAGGAGUUUAAUUUCGGAGUUUUCUUUUUUGUAUGCGUAAUUUUAUUUUUGUGGAGAGAAAACAAGGAUGCAUUGUGGAUUAGUCUUUAUCCUGUUCAUGGGAAUCCUUUUGGUGGUCAAGGCUUUCAAAAACGAUAAAUGUGGAGGCAACAUCAGAAUCUCAACCGCCAACUACCUCACCUCGCCCGGAUACCCCAUGUCUUACCCCCCUUCUCAGAGAUGCGUGUGGGUGAUAUCUGCGCCCGGUCCUCACCAGCGGAUCCUCAUCAACUUCAACCCGCACUUCGAUCUGGAAGACCGGGAGUGCAAGUAUGACUACGUGGAGGUGCGAGAUGGCGUGGACGAGAGCGGUCAGCUUGUGGGGAAGUACUGCGGGAAGAUCGCUCCCUCUCCGGUCGUCUCGUCCGGAAACCAGCUUUUCAUCAAGUUCGUGUCUGACUACGAGACCCACGGAGCGGGUUUCUCCAUCCGAUAUGAGAUCUUUAAGACAGGUCCCGAAUGCUCCAGGAACUUCACCUCCAACAGCGGUGUCAUAAAAUCACCGGGUUUCCCAGAGAAAUACCCCAACAACCUGGACUGCACAUUCAUGAUCUUCGCCCCCAAGAUGUCCGAAAUCAUCCUGGAGUUUGAAAGCUUCGAGCUGGAGCCGGACCCGACGCCUCCUGCUGGUGUUUUCUGCCGCUAUGACAGGCUGGAGAUCUGGGAUGGCUUCCCCGGAGUCGGUCCAUACAUCGGGAGGUACUGUGGGCAGAACACCCCGGGCAGGAUCAUCUCCUACACGGGCAUCCUGGCACUGACAAUCAACACCGACAGCGCCAUCGCUAAGGAAGGCUUUUCUGCCAACUUCAGUGUCAUCGAAAGGACCGUUCCAGAGGACUUUGACUGCAGCGACCCACUGGGAAUGGAAUCGGGAGAGAUAACGUCGGACCAAAUCAUGGCCUCAUCCCAGUACAACCCCAGCUGGUCCCAAGAGCGCUCCAGACUCAACUACUAUGAAAAUGCAUGGACGCCUGCAGAGGACUCCAACAAGGAGUGGAUACAGGUGGACCUCGGGUUCUUGCGAUUUGUCUCAGCCAUAGGCACCCAGGGCGCCAUUUCCCAGGAGACCCGGAGGAUUUACUUUGUCAAGUCCUACAAAGUGGAUGUCAGCUCUAAUGGAGAGGACUGGAUCACUUUGAAGGAAGGCUCCAAACAAAAGGUUUUCCAAGGCAACACCAACCCAACAGACGUUACCAAGACGAUGCUGCCCAAACCCACGCUGACGCGCUUCGUCCGGAUCCGUCCCGUUACCUGGGAAACAGGCAUUGCACUGCGCUUCGAGGUGUAUGGAUGUAAGAUAUCAGAGUACCCAUGCUCGGGCAUGCUGGGCAUGGUAUCAGGUUUGAUCACUGACAACCAGAUCACUGCAUCCUCCCACACGGACCGGAGCUGGGUACCAGAGAACGCCCGCCUGCUGACCAGCAGGACGGGGUGGACCCUGCUGCCCCAGCCCCAGCCCUUUACCAGCGAAUGGCUACAGGUGGAUCUUGGUGAGGAGAAGCUGGUGAAGGGGUUGAUCAUCCAGGGAGGGAAGCACCGUGAGAACAAAGUCUUUAUGAAGAAGUUCCGCCUCGGCUACAGCAACAAUGGCUCCGACUAUAGGAUGGUGUUGGACACCAAUGGGAACAAGCCAAAGAUAUUUGAAGGGAAUAGCAACUACGACACUCCUGAGCUGAGGACAGUGGAGCCCCUGCUGACCCGUUUCAUCAGAAUUUAUCCAGACAGGGCCACUCCCGCUGGCAUGGGCCUUCGACUUGAGCUCCUUGGCUGCGAGAUUGAAGCUCCUACACUCCCGCCUACUACACUAGUCCCGAGCACUACUCCGUCGGACGAAUGUGACGACGACCAGGCGAGCUGCCACAGCGGCACAGGUGAUGACUACGAUGUGACAGGUGGUACCAUGAUGCCAGAGACUACCACUACUGAAGUGGAUACCAUACCAGCUUUUCUGUGGUUUGCCUGCGACUUCGGCUGGGCCAAUGACCCCUCCUUCUGCAGCUGGACAUCAGAGGACACUGGCUCUAGGUGGCAGAUCCAGUCCAGCGGUACUCCCACCCUCAACACCGGACCUAACAUGGACCACACAGGUGGAUCAGGGAAUUUCAUCUACACCUUAGCAACAGGUCCCCAAGAGACCGAGGUGGCUCGGCUCAUCAGCCCCGUGGUCAGCUCCCCGGACUCAGACCUGUGUGUGUCCUUUUGGUACCACAUGUUCGGGUCACAUAUUGGAACACUGCAUAUCAAACAGCGCAAACAGACAGUUGACGGACCAGCUGACAUCCUGCUGUGGACGGUCAGCGGUCACCAAGGCAACCGCUGGAGGGAAGGUCGUGUCCCUGUGCCGCGCACCAACAAACCCUAUCAGGUGGUGAUCGAAGGUCUGGUGGAUGGAAAGAGCUGGGGAGACAUUGCUGUGGAUGACAUUAAGGUUCUCAAUGGACUCAGCAUGAUCGAUUGCAAAGAUCCCGAUGUACCCACUGAGCCAGUGCUACCUGAGGAUCGCAUUAAUGAAAUCCUUGAAGAGAUCACUGAAUACCCAGACUUUGUGGAGACCAACCAGAUCAGCGGAGCAGGCAACAUGCUGAAGACGCUCGACCCCAUCCUCAUCACCAUCAUCGCUAUGUCCGCCCUGGGGGUCUUCCUGGGUGCCAUCUGCGGUGUGGUCUUGUACUGCGCCUGCUCUCACGGAGGCAUGUCGGACAGGAACUUAUCAGCCCUGGAGAACUAUAACUUUGAACUAGUGGACGGGGUCAAGCUAAAGAAGGACAAACUCAAUGUACAGAGCUCAUACUCAGAGGCGUGAGAUGGGACUGAGUGCAUUUGUGUGACUUUAUGGCGUGCAGAGCUCGCAGAACAUGCACAAGACUGGCUGUAGGCAUAUCCUCUCGUAUAUCUGCGAGUAGGCAGGCUCAAAGGACUGCCGACGCCCUCAACUCGCUGGAUGAGGGACAGGUUCAGGAACCAAUGGGAGGUUUGGACUGAUCCACGCUUUUCUCAGGAGCUGCAGUAAAAAGAACCUACCAGUAGGGGACACUGUGUACAAAUAAAAUACAGAAAAAAAUAUGUACAGAUGAUUUAAAUGAUAUUUUAAUUUUCUAUUUUGAUUUUCAUUCAUUUUUACAAUCGGAUGCUGGUGUUGAGACCAAUUUAUUAAUAAUGUUUAAAGUAUUUAUCGUUUUCUGGGAAAGAAAUGUUUUUUUUAUUAUCAGUUCAUGAAGGCUGUUGUUUAUUUUCAAGUUUUGAAAGAGACGUAUCAAAAAUCGUAAAUGAACCAUAUCCGGCAAAACUGUAGAUUUGCCCUAUGGUGUGGCAUACAGGGUGUGCCCAUAACCCUUGACCCUGAAACAUGUACCCUUUCCCCUCUGACCUGUAUCACUCUAAAGUGAGGGUCCCAUUCAUGGCAAUGUAUGGUUCUGACAGUGCCUUUAGUACAUUUUGGUUGGCCUCCUCUAUUGACCUGGGUGUUUUUUACUGUACAUGGCUUAAGUUAUGAUGACAGGAAACAGGGGCACAUUAUCUUAUAAAUACCUGCAAAAGAGGAAAACAAUCUAUCACAGCGCUUUGUUUCGUUUUUUGUUGUUUUCUGUCCAAAAACCACACACUGUAAAUAAGUUUUAAUAUAUUUUAUUGCCCUUUUUAAAGAAAGUAAAAAGGAAAAAAGCUGCAGUAUCCCUUUUUUCAUGGGUUUGUGUGUGUGUAAAUACAAUCUUCUGACUGUUUUGUGGAAGGUGCAGUGUUAUUGUUUUUAAUUUUUAGAUUAUUUGCUCAGACGAGUAAGACUUGUGUGAUGCUGAUGUUACAGCGAUUUUUAAUGUGCAUUCAAGCCAUCUGUCAUCGAAACACCCACUUCACGAAAACCACCGAAAGGACGAAAUGAGUCAAAAGGUAACAAAAAAACAGCUGACAUGAUGAACUCCUGGCACUCAUUCUCAAUUAAUCUCUCAUUUCUCCAUCGUAGCUCCGCUGUGAGUUCGACUGGUCACCAAAAUACUUUCACGUAGCUUCAAACACGCUCAUAUCGAUGGCAGAGGAGGUGGUAAAAAAUACAAAAUGUCUGCCAGCAUACCAAAAAAUCAGUAAUCAUCAUUGCUUUGCUUUAGCUAAGACCUAGACUAGCUUGUCACCUCCAAACGUCACUGUGGAUUGUUCACUGAAGAAGUGCUAUCUGGACAAUGCAGCUUGAAUGCACUUUGUGACUGAUUCCCUCAUGAUAGGAGCCUAUUAAACGAGGGGUAAACACUCUAACUGAAGAAUGGUGCUAUCAUUACUUUAGCCAGACACAUUUAUCUCUUGAUAAACCCAGUUUGUAUUGUUCACAUGCUGUAUUGUAGCUUAAGGCCUCCUCGGGCCGCAAAGAGUUUUACGUGUUUCACGUGUAGCAGCCAUAACGUUGUGAUGUCAGAGCUGAUGUCAUUAGGACUGGACACUGGUACAGCGGGGGGAUCGAGUGGCGUCACCUGAAUCAGGUCACCUGGCCUCCCCUCUGUGGCUUUACCAAAGGAUGGUUACCCCCUUCCUGUUCACUGGGGGGGUUCCCACCAACACAAAAUACUAUAAGACCACAGUUCACCAACGGUCAUCACUCACAAAAGACUACUUGCUUCGCCCUGUCAGAGCCCCCGGAGAGGAAAUCAAGAGGGGGAAUGAUAGGACACUUGUAGAGAAGAGCAAUGUGUGACAGCCUGUUUUUCUAUCUCUUUUUAAGCUUAAAAGAAGUGCAAAUCUCACCUCAAUGUGAACUCUUCAAAUCUCUAUUGAGACUCUUGUUUGCAGAUGGAUGGAUGGAUGGGACAAUCCCACCGCUAGACACCACGAGGGGAAGGGAACUCUGUAUGAACUCCAAGUUAUAUUGACAGUAUCAGGAUGCAAGGGCCCACAGGGGCAAGAAGUCAGCGUUUUUUCCGCACCACAAUCAAACAAUCAAAAACUUGAUCCUGAGAAGGGUGACGUCUCUUACAUCCGUGUGCUUUGUAUGUCGUGCCGUGGUGAACACACAGCUUGUUCAUUUCAGUUUCGACCUCACCGCUCCUCUCAACCUCUAAGCCGUACCGUCUGCGCUUUCAGCUAGAGGACUGUAGCUCCGGCGACGUCUGCUAAACUAGAGAAAAAGGAUACUGUAGCGUGGACUCAAAAGAAACAAUGUUGCACUGAUAAAUAUAUUUAAGAGGUUUAUGUGUUUAUAGCGUUCAUUUGCAGAAAAAACAGAAGAAAGUCAAAAACACAAAAAACAGGUGUUCAUUUCUUUCAUCUUUUUUAUAUAUAUAUAGUUUCAGAUUAUGUGAUAUAAUUCUGAAAUGUAAAAAUAUUGAGAUGUUUUCAUUAUUGAAAAAGGCAAAAUAGAUUUUCCAACAGUACUGUCCCUCCCCAACCAUUUACAUGGCAUAUUAACGCUUCGUUUUGUACUGUCAUUAAAAUUUUGUGCAGAUUUUGUUUUGUUUUUUACAAGAACAAGAAAAUAAGACUUUUAUUUUCAAUACUGCUUCUGUAAUUUGCUGUUGUAGGAAAAAAAAUGAAUAAACAGCAAGGCCUUAAAAAGAAAAGGGGAAUAUUUGUGUUGUGAUCCAGAAUCGGAGGCUCCCAACUUUUUUUCUUUUUUCCCGGCUCCAGUCAGAUCUACAUCACAGCCGUGCUUUAAAAGGGUAAACCAGCAGCCUCACAAGCAGCUCUUUGAAGCAACAUCUGUUUUUUGCAUCAAAGUAAUGUGAAAGCACUAUUACAGCAAGACAGUGAUGUAAACAGGAACAUUUUGUCUAGUUUUUGCCUCACGGCCAUCGCUUUCCAAUGACACAAAUAAAAGGCAUCUUCGUGUGAA